CAAGUAAUAUGCAAGUGCUGCAAACCUCGAUAGGUCGCUCUCAGUGCGGCCAACUUCACGCAAGGCGAGGGGAAGGCUGUUGGAGUAGGCAGCUUUCCAUCGUUGCUGCCUCUUCUGUCAUGCAAUCCUAAACUGUGUUUCUUUCUGCACCUCCGCACAAACACUCAUCAACUGCAACAUCACAUCAAGAACAUUACAAUCCAUCAAUUUUGCAACGUAAGAAUCCAUCAAUCAUCCCGCAAUCUCAUCUACGUUACCAAGCAGUCCAUCAUGGCUGCACAUAUCGAGACAGAAAAGGACAGUCCUGCACAAAUCAAGACAGAACAAGACAGUCCUGCACAAACCAAGAUAGAACAUGACAGCCCCAUACAAGACAAUCAUCCACAGGUCGUUCCUCCACAAGUCGUUCACCCACAAUUUUACCCUGGCCAGGGCCCUCUUGGUGUCUUCACCCUCCCUGGUGUGUACAGUUUACGUACCAACGAAUGGCCCACUGUCGAGUUCAAGAACGAGUUUCGUUACAGAGGCGUACUAGUCUUCGAGUUGAAGAUUCACCAGGACCCAGCCACUGUAAUUGAUCGGAAGGAUCCCAUCACUGUGAGAGUCUUGGUCCUUAGAAUGAGCAAGACUCCGCACAAUGCCGACUCGAAACUUGUCACGUAUCGAGAAGAAACAACUAGCAACAACUUGACGAAGCGGAUCACUUAUCGUGGUGUGCCAACACUCACCUAUACCGGCCGGGGAGAAGAUUUCAGACCACCUAAGGUGGACAACGUGCACUGGUGCGAUGGUCUAAGGACAGACACGGCCUGGGACGAAUCAGAACUGGAACAAAAUUACCGACGCAAGGAGUUGAUUGAGCGCAUUGCGGAAGUAAUUAACAUCGAGGAUGAAGAUUGGGAAGACGUUAAUUGGGGGGAGUUCAAGAAACGCGUCGAUAAAAAGGCCAGCCUGCGCACCGACGUCAUUCGUGACCUUUACUAGCCCACUUCGAUGUCGUCUUUUCCCGCGACAUCAUGAUUUUCCCCGGAUACUGUCGAUAUCAGCACGUCUCAAGCUCUCUUCCGUCAUUCUCGCCCGACCACAACCCCCAUUCCUCAUCCGAGAGUCUUGACCCCAACAGAACACAAACAUCUCUACGAGUUUCAGUCACUACAGUUUACAAGGAAGGGGGAGGCGAAGAAGGGUAUAAAGGAUCAUCAGUCUGUCAUUCACAGUUCAUGAUACUUCCUUGAGUCGAUCAUUACUCCGAAGUAGUCGAGACUCUUGAUAGCAAGCAUCAACCAAACAGUCGUCUCUUCCCCAAU